AUGGCAGGUCUUAAACAAUACUGGGUGAGCUACGCUGGGGACGAGAGCGAGGUUUGGAAAUGUGUCCUUCUGGCCCGUGCAUUGAGACGGUCGCUCACGACGAGACCAUUGGUCGUCAUCGUGUCGGACAAUGUGUCGCAUGACCUGGGUCGCCGCCUGCAGGGUGAAGUGGGUUCGGUAUUUUGGGCUGAACCGGUGCCGGGGGUGCUUUUCCGAUCUGUGGCGAAGCGGGUGGCAGGCGGGUUGAAGGGGCUGCACAAGGCCGUCUUCCUGGACUGCGCCUGCCUUCCCCUCAAAAACUGUGACGACCUGUUUCGAACCCAUGGAGUUCAGUGGGUGCGAGAGGACAAGGCCGUCGUGCUCACCAAGUCGCGAAGCUUGGCAGCCGAGGAUCACGACCUGAUUACGGAACUUGUGGUCCAACGUGAGAACGGUGGAAAAUUUGUGGCUGAGAAUCCGGGUAAACUCAAGAUGGAGGAACUGAGUUACUGCGUGGAGUUGGAUUUCAAGAGCGCCCAUCCAACGCCAGUCCCUGGGAAGGACAUGAAAAUGGUUUGUUUCGUGAAUGGUCACCCUCACGACCAAGAUGUCGAGCCAUUUCGUCAGCGAGGUGUUCUUGAAGAAGAGGUUAUCAAGUUGUGCGUCUCGCUUUGCCCCGAGAUACAUUCUGCAAAGGUGGUGGUGAACGGUCCAGCCUUGGAUGGGCAGUUGGUGGACUGGGAGCUGCACAAUUCGAUCGCGAUCGUGGGAAUGGCGUGUCGCUACCCUUGCGCCAAUACGAUUGCGGAGUUUUGGUCGCUGCUGGCGAAUGGGUUGGAAGGGAUUCGGAAGGUGCCCGAGGGUCGGUGGACCAAGGACAAGGCGUUCAUCCGGAUGGACAACAUGGGGGCGACGGAGGCAGGCUUUCUCUCCUGUCCCAUCCACACCUUCGACGCCAAGUUCUUCAACACCAACGCGGCGGACAUGCACUAUCUCGACCCCCAGCAGCGCCUCUCCCUUCGCAUCGUUUGGGAGGCCUUGGAGCACGCCGGCCUCGACCCCAACACGCUCCGAAACACGCUCACCGGAGUUUUCGGAGGUUGGUGGCGGAACGACUACAAGGAAAUGUUGCAAAUGUUGGGCAUCGUGGACACGGACUUUCUCCGCGGCUACAUGGGCAACGCCCUGGGACCGCUGACGGCCCGGAUUUCCCACUUUUUCGAACUCAUGGGUCCGUCGUUCUCCACCGAGUCGGGCUGCUCGACCUCCGUGGCUGGCGUGGACAUGGCCUGCGACAGUUUGAGGAGCGACGCGUGCAACCUGGCCAUCGCCGUGGGAGCCAACUUGCUGCUGCAUCCCUUCUCGCCGUCCGUGAUGGAGGGGGUUCUGGCUCCGGACGGUCGUUGCAAAACGUACGAUGCGAGUGCGGACGGGUUUGGUCGAGCCGAGGGCAUCGGCGUUCUCAUCCUCAAGCGGUUCUCGGAUGCCGUGGCGGACGGGGACACGAUUUGGGGAUGCAUUCGAGGGUCGGCCAUCGUGCAAGAGGGGCCGAGCAAGAGCAUGGGCACUCCCACCGUCGACGUGGAGGCCAAAGCCAUGGAGUUGGCUCUGGAACGGGCCGGGGUGGACCCGAACGACGUGGAGUUCGUGGAGACGCACGGGACCGGCACACCCGUGGGUGACCCCAUUGAAAUAGCCGCCGUCGCCAAGGCCUAUUCGCGGGGGUCGAAAGGCAGGACCAAUGUGCUCACGAUCGGCUCCGUCAAGACCAACAUCGGUCACACCGAGUCGGUUUGCGGGAUAGCGGGGAUUCAAAAGUCGGUGCUGGCCAUGAAGCACGAGCUCAUCCCGAAGCAUUUGCACCUCAAGAACCUGAACCCCGACAUCAACCUGGACGCCAUUCCCGCCCAGCUCCCCCUGGAGGCCGUCCCCUGGAAACGAAGACCCAAGGGCGGCAAACCCAGAAUUGCUGGAGUCAAUUCUUUCGGCAUUACUGGAGCCCAGGCCCACGUGCUGGUUCAGGAGCCGCCAGAGAAUCUCCCUCCGCAUUCCUUCCCCUUCACGGACUCGAGAAAGCUGAGGAUGCUGACCUUCUCGGCCAAAUCCGAAGAAGCGUUCCGCUUCCAGGUGAAAGCAUACGCUGAUCUGCUCAAGAAUCUGCCCGACACAAACGAACCCAAGGAGCUGUUCUUGAGGGACAUUGAGUACUCGAUGCACACGGGUCGUCCCCACAUGCACCUCCGACAAGUGGCCUUUGGGUCCACGAAGGAGGAGCUGCUCAGUUCGAUGGAGGGGAUCAAAAAGGGCGCCCCAAUUCCCAAUCAGGUUCCACAGCUCUGUUUCCUCUUCACGGGCCAAGGGUCUCAAUAUCCGGGAAUGGCCAGGUCGCUCUACGAACAGAGCAUCGUCUUCCGUUCCAACUUUGACUGGUGCGAGUCCGUGUUGAGCAAGGAGCAUGGCUUUCUUUCACUCAAAACUGCACUUUGGGACCACGGGGAACUUUCUUUGCUGAAAUCUUCCCUUUACAGCCAAACCUCAAUUUUCGUGGUGGAGUUCUGUCUGCUUCGUCUGUGGGAAUCCUGGGGUGUCAAACCGGACGCUGUUCUGGGUCACAGUUUGGGCGAGUUCGCUGCUGCGGUGGCUGCGGGAAUGUUGUCGGCUGAAGACGCCCUCAAGUUGGUGGUCACGAGGUCCAAACUGAUCCACGCUCUCCCCGCCGCCAGCAUGCUCGUCGUCGGCACCAGUUUGGAGAAAGUGGAGCAAAGUUUGGAGCGGGCUUUCUCCAAUCAGAAAAAGUGGUUGGACGUGGCUGCGGUCAAUUCUGAGAGUCAGACCGUGCUUGCGGGGCCCACGGAUGUUGUCCACGAUUUCAAGCUCUACUGCGACAACAACGACAUCAAAACCCACGUGCUGGACGCCUCUCACGCCUUUCACUCUCGUCUCAUGGACCCAAUGCUCGCGGAAUAUGAGGCGCUCGCUCGUACGAUCGGCUACAAGGAAGCGUCGACGGGCAUCAAGUUCAUUUCUGCCGUGGAUGGGCGCACGGUGAGCAAAGUCGACGCCAAGUACUGGGUGCGACACACGAGGGAAAGGGUGCGCUUUUUGGAGGCCAGCCAUGCUGUAGUCAACGAGGGCCAGAGUCUGUUCCUCGAAAUUGGACCGCAUCCCGUCCUCUCCACACUCCUCAUGACCAACGUUGACGAGGUUGCGGAUGUGGUCACGACUGCUUCACUUCGUCGGAAAUGUGACGAUUGGGAGACGAUGCUGGCUGCUCUGGGGAAGCUGUACGCGCUGGGCCGUCCCAUCACGUGGGCCAAUUUCCAUCGCUAUUCGGGUGGGCGAAAGGUGGAGUUGCCCGGCUACCACUUUGAGGAGACGCCGUAUUGGAUGAACAUCAAGGACGAAGGGUCCAACCCCUUCCAUCCACUCCUCGGUUCCUUCGUCCCCAACCCGUCCGACGUCACCAUCUUCAAAAGCUCAGUCAACGUACAUCGACUCCCAUUUCUCAAAGACCACGCCCUGGGCGACAAGAUUAUUUUCCCGUGCGUCGGCUACGUCGACAUGUGCAUGACGGCCGGAUAUGCCGCCACCAUGUGCAACGAGGGCAGUUACAACAAACCUACCUCACCUCUCUGCGUUCGGAAUUUUUCAAUCCUGACCCCAGUUUGUUUGAGCGAAAUGGCUCCGACUGAUUUUCAAGUUGUAGUAUUGAAGGGGACACAUGGGGAAAUAACGAGCACCAUAUUCACCAAAGUCUUCCUAGAAGAGAACAAGUUCAAAUGGGUCCGUAACGCAACAGCCAAUUUUAGCAACAAUCCGGCAGCACUCCCUCAUUCGUUUGACCUUGAAGCCAUAAAAUCUCGCUGUAAGACCAUGCUACGAGAUGGCUUCGACUACAAAGAACUGGAGGAUUUUGGUUUCAACUUUGGGCCCUCACUUCGAAUGGUGACUACUGGAUGGAUGGACGCUGAGGACCAGAAAAAUUCAACCGAGUGGAUCUUUCCAUUCUCAACGCACGAGAAGAACGAAGAUUUGGACAGAUUUAUUAUCCAUCCGUGGAUCGUGGACCCCAUGCUUCAGACGCAAAUCAUUGCCACUGGUUUGCUGGAUGAGAAGCAUAUCCGAAAGCGUCUAGUGGUUCCCGUGUCCAUCGACAACUACACGUGGUGGGGCCAUUCUGCACCCACCGGCUACAUCUAUAUCCGUCACAGGGAUACCGGGAAUGAGGCCCACUUAUUUGACGAUGCUGGGAAAAUUAUGGUCUCCAUGUUGGGCACGGAAUUCAUGGAAACUACUCUUUCAAACAUUUUAAGUCUCAUUGAUUCCCAGAAAAACCCGUUUCCUUGCAUGGCUGAUUUUAUUUGGAGAGAAAAACUGGGUCCGGAAGAAAGGAGGAUUCCAGAUUCAAAAAGGGGUACAAUCAACCUCCAAGAGUACGUCAAAGUGGAGCACACAAUGUAUACUUCCUGUUCUCCAGAAGAAGGUCAGUUUUACGAGCGUUUCAGCCAGCUCACAGGUCUCUACAUGCUCCAAUCUAUGAAAGUUUUGGGACUCGACACAGAAGAUACAAUUCAGUGGCCAAGUAUUGUGAGCAAAUUAGGAGUUGUCCCGUUCCAGGAUAAAUUCCUCCGCUAUAUUCUCGUGGAACUGGUGAAGGAUGGGUGGUUAGAGUUAGUGAAUACAGGAGAUGAAAGCACCUUCAGCUUAGCAAAACCACUUCCUGAACUUUCCUCCAUCAAAAACAAUAUUGACGAAAUUCUAAAGGAAAUUCGACAAAGUGAUGUGGGUCACGUUGACCUUGAUUGUGUUGUCCCACUCGGAUCUGUUCUUACCUCAAUUUUGACAGGGACACAAUCCGCACUUCCUCUUCUCUACCCGGACAUGGGCAACAUUCGGGGCCCAGCAGAACUUUAUUAUUCGGAAUCUGUAGACGCUCUCAAAAGGUUCGCCAUGGCUGAUGUGGACCACGCUAUUUUUUCCAAGCUGGCUCAAAUGGGGAGUAAGUCAGUCGUACGAGUUUUGGAAGUUGGAGCUGGUGUUGGGAGCACAACGAGUCAUCACAUUCGCCACAUGAAAGAUGCUGGCGUUUCUCACUUCGAAUAUACCUACACGGAUAUUUCGCCAGCAUUUUUGCAAAUUGGAACCAACUUGUUUGAAGAGACCGGGAUUUCUGCUAAAUUUAGCUUGUUAAAUGUGGAGAAGGAUCCCCUCGACCAGGGCUUUAUUCCAGCUCACUACGACCUCAUCGUCGCCUCGUGGGUGCUUCACGCAACGAAAAAUAUUGAGGAAUCGAUGAAAAACCUCAAGAAAUUAUUAAGGCCGGGGGGCUAUGUUUUCAUAAACGAGUUGGUCCAGCCCCAUCGAGGUGUCAAUUUACUUUUUGGUGGACUGGAAGGGUUCUGGAGAUUUGAGGACUUGCAUCUCCGUCCAUGGAACUGUGAGCUCUCAGUCGAUAAAUGGUCGAAAAUACUAGAUAAACUAGGCUUCGAUAACUUCACGUACUGGAAAGGCUACGCGGGGACGGAUGCACUUAUGUUAGCAAAACUUAAGCCUUCAGAAACCGUGUUUAGCAACAAGAUUGCCUCAAAGCAGGAUCACUUGGAGAACAAGUUGAACUGGAUCGUGUUUGGGGAUGAAGGAAUCGCUACCAAAGAAUUGGUGAGGAGACUGAAGGCCACGAAUAAAAAUGUCGUAAUGGUCACUUCGCAAAUGGAUGAAGAACACACGGCAAUGUUGCUCCGUUCCACAGGUGCCGAUUCACCCCAUCACCCAAUCGAAGGGGUCCUUUACUUGUGGGGGUUAGACCACGAUCGCAGCACUGCCCAAGUUUGCGAACCUUUUCUCCACAUUUGUAAAUAUUUGGCCAAGCUACAAAUUCAAAGUUCGAUGAAAUUAGUCGUUAUUACUCAAGGAAACAUGUGCACUGGACCGGACGAUUUCUAUCAAAGCCAACCAAAAGCAUCACCGCUUGUCGCAAUGCUAAAUGUGCUAGCCAACGAAAACCCGGAUCUUAUAUGCAAAUGCGUGGAUAUUGAUGCUUCUGAAAAUAGCUUAGACAUUGCAAUGGCCGAAGCGUUUACCGAGCUGUUCACAACCGACGUAGAUGUGUUGGUGGCGUAUCGAAAGGGCCAUCGUUGCACCCCGCGACUUCGUCCGUACAAGGCGAAAUCUGCGCCACUUCCACUUCCCAGAACCCCACGAUUCCGACUCGUCCUUCCUCCAUCGCAUCUUAUUCAAGAUCUGCACUUUGCGCCCUGUGAACCUGACCCAAUUCCUGAAAAGCAUGUUGAAGUGGAGGUGAAAGCGUACGCACUCAACUUUUUGGACGUUUUUAUGGUCACAAAACCUGACCCAGUAUUUGAGAAGUACAACUAUUUAGGGAUUGACAUUGCCGGUGUGGUCACUGCAGUUGGAGCCGGGUGUGAGAAAAAGGUUGGCGAUCGUGUAGUAUUGAUUCGCCGCACGGGUGUUGCCAUGCCGACACACAUCGUUGCACAGGACCACCGAACCCUUGUCAUUCCUGAUGAUGUUACAUUUUCUGAAGCAGCUACUUACCCCAUGGGAAUUAUAACCGUUGCGUCGUGUCUUGUGGAUACAGCGAAGGCGACGAAAGGUGAUAUCGUCCUUAUUCACACUGCUUCCGGUGGGGUCGGUCUACUCGGAAUCCAAAUUGCUCAGCGACUCGGCUGCACGAUAGUUGUCACGGCUGGAAAUGAGCGGAAGCGCAACUACCUCAGAAGCUUGGGACUGACCCACGUGUUCAAUUCGAGAACGACCGACUACCAGACCGAAAUACGGAGGUCACUGGGUGGCAGAGGUGUCACAGUGGUGCUAAAUUCUCUCACUGGACCAGGUUUUAAAGAAGCCACUCUCGCCGUCUGCGAACAAGGGGCUCGGUUCAUCGAGAUGAGCAAAAUGAACAUUUGGAGCAAGGAACAAGUAAAGAAGCUGAGGCCGGACGUGUUCUACGAAGUCGUCGAUGUUUCCACUCACACGGAAGAGAAAGUCAGUCAUCUUACGAACUAUCUGCAAACGAUGCUCAUGUCCCCCAAGAGUGAGCGGCCUAAACCUUUACCGUAUACACGCUUUGAUGCCUCCGAGAUUCGAGAUGCAUUGGAGUUCAUGGAGAAAGUGAGACACAUUGGCAAGAUUGUCCUCACAAUGCCUGACUUGUCACCUGGAUCAGAGCCCAUUUUUCGACUAUUUAAUGAUAAGUCGACUUAUCUGAUCACCGGAGGUCUGGGAGGCAUUGGUCUCGAGGUUGCAAACUGGAUGGGAAAUAAUGGGGCAAAAACAUUGCUACUCGUGGGACGUAGUCCACCAAAGGCUGAUGUUAUGGAGAAGGUUCAGAACCUUCGUCAACUAGGAAUUACUGUGGAGAUACGUCAAUGUGAUGUGGGGGACAUGGACCAGCUUACUAGCUUGGUCGCAGAUUGUCACAAUGGCAAACUGCCACCACUUCGGGGAGUCAUGCACGCCGCUGGUGUGCUGGAUGAUGCAACUUAUGAAAACCAGACGUGGGAUAAAUUUGAAGCUGUCUUUCAAUGUAAAGUUCAAGGGGCUUGGAAUCUGCAUCAGCUCAGCCUAGAGCUUCCAUAUCCGCUUGAGCACUUUGUUCUAUUCUCAUCCAUGACAGUGACCCUGGGGUCACCAGGACAAAGCAAUUACUCGGCUGCCAACUACUACUUGGAUCAACUUGUUCAUUAUAGAAGCUCGCUUGGACUUUUAGGCACCACGAUCAACUGGGGACAAUGGGGGCAGGUCGGUCUGGCAGCUAAUUUGCAUGUCGCAAUGAACAAGCCGAUUACCAUUCAUCAAGGAUUGGCUGCCUUGGAACAUGCAAUAAAAUCUCACAAGAGUCAGAUCAUGGCUCAUGACACAGACCUUUCCGGUGUGAAAAUGGUACUACCAUCGACCCGAGGCCUCUUGGCUGACAUUGAGGAAGAAACGUCUCUUGGGGCAACUGACAUUGACGGGGACGAGUUUUGGCGAGAAUAUGAUGGGGCGUCCAACCGAGACGCCAAGUUUGAUAUUGUUCGCAGAUUUCUGAAACGCCUCAUCCGCAUCACGCUCAAGAUGGACAAGAACGAAGAGAUUGAGGACCAAGUCAACUUUCAGGACAUGGGAUUUGAUUCGCUUCUUAUGGUCGAGAUGAAGAACGGGCUUCAGGCCUCGGUGGGAAAACGGGUCAAAAUCUCCAUCAAUGCGGUCAAGGAUUGCAAAACUGUGGCACAAUUGACGGACCGAUUAGUGGAACUCAUAUCCGGGAAGGAAGAACUCGCCCCACCCACCGCGGAGGAGCUGAAGGAUUUAGUUGCUCGAGAUGCCAAACUCCCAGAAAAUAUUCGCGUCGACCCUGAAAUGAAAUCCAAACUUCGUCCUCUGUCCCAAGCAUCCACCGUCCUCGUGAUUGGCUCCACCGGGACUUUGGGCCCUUACGUCGCCCGGGAGAUAUUCAAACGGAGCCAGAUCAAAAAAGUUUACUGCCUCAUGCAACCAAGUCCAGUGGUGUCCGUCUCCGAUCGCUUUCAACGCGUAUUCGAAAAGAAGGGACUUUUCCAUGAAAUUGAUAUGACUCGAGUUGAAUGCAUCUCCGGAGACGUAAAACAGCCAUGUUUUGGGCUUAGUCAACAAAUAUAUCAACAAAUUGCAACUGAAGUUGACGUUGUGUUUAAUCUGGCCGUGAAGGUGGCAUUCGAAGAGGUUUACAGAGACAGUGAGGACCCCAAAAGCUCACGUGUCACUAAUGUUUUUGGAAUGAGAAAUGUGCUCUCGUUUGCAGUCGACAAGAAACUUAAAUACGUUUAUCAUGCGUCCACAUUUGCGGCAGAAACCAGAGUCGAUGACGAUGGAUAUUUUUGGGAGAGUUGGCCUGCAGAGGAGGAAGUCGCAAUGUUUCCUAAUUCGGCCUACUCCAUUUCCAAGCUAAUUUGUGACCGUUUGGCUGAACAGGCCGUGGCUGCUGGAGUUCCAUGCAAAGUAUUCAGACUUCCACAACUAGGAGGCGAUUCUGUUCGUGGGGGCAACAUCCAACUCGACUCGUUCCUCAUGAUGCGUUUCUUGGCUUAUCUCUACAUCGGAUCCAUGCAUGGUGUCAGAAUUCCGCUCAGCUUGAUGGCUGUGGACCAAUGUGCCAAAAUAUCGAUCGAUCUCUUUUUUAAUGACAAAGCUGGCUAUGAAAUGUUCAAUGUGCUCAACCCUCAUUUGGGUGACGAGAGGGAAUUUGAAACAUUAGCCAAGGAAUUUGGCGUGGCUGUGCAAGUUUUGGAUUCCACAGACUUUUUGGAGAAAUGGAAGAAAAUGGAUUCCAACGACGAGAUGAUUCAGCUCGUAAAAUUUGCAACAUCGCAAGAAGAGCUUCUCAAACUUCGGGACCAAAAAAUGCCCUAUUACAUUUCUUGGCUCAAUGGAAACCAGAAUAUUUUUUUCAGUAAAAAGGUUGCAAGCUUGAUGCCUGAAGAAUAUCCCAAUUGCAUAACGCCUUCGUGGGAAGUGCUUCGUCAUGACCUCCGCCACGCCAAAGACACUGGAAUUUUCGAUCGUCACAAAAUUAAGCACUCUAAUCCAUAUUUUCUCUCUUGAAUAUUCAUAUUUCAGUUUUUGGGAUCUCACUCCGAUUGAUGUUCAUGCAUUACAUAUAUGUGAAGUUUUUGUCCUUAAAUGAAUAUAAAGGAAAAAGUGUGUACAGAUUUAUAAUUUAUAAUAUUUAUGUAUUCUUCUGUUCUUUCCUUAUUUUAAAACUGGUCAAAAUAUAAUUUUUAAAGCAGUAAACAGGACAUUUGAAGCGUUUUUUUUACAUACGACCAUGGGUAACUUAAAUGGCAAGAUGACAAAUGUGGGCUAAAGUGUAUUAUCCAUUAUUUUGAAGCUUUAUUGUAUUCCCUCGUAUAGUCUUGAAAAUUUCAUAACUGAUUCGAUAUCAUCAUCAGUUCGACAUUG